AUGACAGAUUUUAUUUUUCAAUUCGUUGGAAUAAGAGGGCUUCAUGCUUCUGUGAUCCUGGCUCAGAUGGGAUCAACCCUUUUGAUGGCUGUGAUCAGAACAUGCCUUCGAGCCGAGCGGAUGGCACCAAACGAAAACGAAUUCCUGGAAGAACAGAAGCUUUUGUCAUCGACCAACCAAGAGCUGGACUGCUUUGCAUUUCGUCUCGAAAAUAUCGAUUCAUUGACCAUGGUCCAACCAAUAGCCAUGUGUUUAUACACAGCCAUAUACGAUCCGAGCUCAAAAUUAGGAGAAAGAUUCAUUCAUACGCGAGCGCGACUAGCAGAAGUCACAUCAAAUCGAAAUCGGGACUUGAUGGUCUCUUGGGACGAUAUGCCUAUUCGACGAGCGGCUCAGAACCUUGCAAAGGCCAUUGAAACGACAAUGGGUCUGACAUCUACCGAAUGGUUUCUUCAUUUCGAUGUGGAAUUCACUUUUCAGAUCUUUAUUGCUUCCAAAACAUCCUCUGCAAUAGACGACAAUUACAAAAUCGUGCAAUACCCCAUGACGAUACGUCGAAGCGAGAAUACGUUGAAAUGGAAGAUAAAUGCCAACACACUUGAAGCGAUUCUAGGGCUGUGGGUUUGGUCUAUGAACAAAGCCCGUGGUGAAACGACAGUUACUCCGUUUUAUCGUCUAGUUGGACUUAAUACAGAAGAUGCAGGCACGGAGACAAUGGAUCUAUUAUUCCACAAGUGA